AUGCCUUCGGUAGGGAUGAGAAGGACUACAAGGGUUUUUGGGGCGAGGGUUUUGAGGUCAGGAAGGCGGUUGUGGACCCCAGGUGAGGAGGUUAAGAGGGCGAAACACGGAAAUGAGUGGAUUGAGCUUCUUGACAAUGUAGGAAGAGAUGGUGGUGGUGGUGGUGGGGCCACUAAGUACAAGGAAAACGGGUGGCUUAAGAAGGAUAGUGCUCCAAAGCAAGACACUAACCAAGAAACGGAUAUUGAUGUAGAGACUAAGGCAAUGGCUGAACCGGAGACACCAAUCAUUAAUCCGAAUAGCAAUAGUUUUAGGAGGUGGGGAACUGUAUAUACGAGGAAGAGGAAAAGGCAUGAAUCGGGGAAAGGUGAUACGGUAACAGAGGGCAAGAGGUAUGGCAAGCACUUCGUUAGGAAGAAAAAAGUUAGGGCAGCUUAUGCUAAGGAUUCAGAUAAAUCUGAAGAGGGUCAAAUAUCAACUGGCAUUGUUAUUGUAAAUACAUCAUGUGGAAGCAGUUAUUGGGUUUCCUGCCUUUUGAAUUGUGUUUUAAGGUACUUGAGGAAGUCAACUAUUAGUUUGCAGCAAAUCUUUGGAUUCAUUAACUCAAAACCCUUGAGGGACGUUUCUUCAUUGCACGGUAUCCUCCUUCUACAGGAUCAGACUCCAAGGAAAAUCAAAACUGGAGCUUGCUUUAUCGCUGGUGUCACAUGCUCGAUUCCUGUUUUUGCUCUGGACUUUUCUACAGUCCCGUGUUGCUUUAUAUACUUGCACUCAAGCAUGCUUCUCAGAUUUAUUCACAUGUCCUAUGCAUUGGUCAUGUAUUCUACAGUUAUGGUUGAGGAAACUAAUGUGACUAACGAGAAGGAGAUUGUUUCUUGCCUUAUCCCUGUGAAUAACCAAUCUGGAUUGGAUGUAUCCACGUCUGGAAUGUAUGAUGGGGAGAUUGCAGUGGUGCACGCAACUGUUGGAGUUCCUAAAUUAGCUGCCCACCACUUGCAGCUAAGGAACAGUCGUGGUAUUCAGAAGAGGAGAAGCUCUUUGAGUUCAAGGAGAGGCAGGCGUUCUUGCUUUGGCUCACAGGAUGUUAUUGGUGCUUUGGCUUCUGACCGAUUGAGGUUAAGACGUAAUGGCCUCCGAUUUUCCUCUCGUACUUCUCGGUAUGAACUUAGGAGUUCGGGUCAGAAGAUCUCCACACCAAGCAUCAAAGAACUAAAAUCUGCUUUGGUGGAAUUGACGCAGGAUAUAGAUGCAACAAGCUGUUCUGCCAACAUAUUGGUUAUUGAAUUAGACAAGUGUUACAGGCAAGAAGGAGCCACUAUUGCUAUGGAACUUUCUGGUUCAAAACAGUGGAUUUUAGCAGUGAAGAUAGGUGGUGUAAGGAGAUUUAACCUUACUGCUGAAAAAGUUAUGAGGCCUUGUAGUGCCAACCGU